UCCUCCUCCGGCCCGGCGGCGAAGAGGGCUGAGCGAGGCCUGCGCGAAGAGGGACGGAAGGAAGGAAGGAGGAGAGGCUGCUGCGGAGCCCCGCCGGCGCUGUGCGUGGUGGGCUGCUGCAGCCGGCCGGCCAGAGGGGAGCGAGCGAGGGAGGGAGAAGGACCGGCGGGCGGCGGCCGUGGCACAGGCGGCCUCGCGCUCGCGCUCGCGCUCCUGCUCCUGCUGCUCUCAGCCGCCGAGAUGCCGGGCGGCGGCGGGCGGGUGUGCGCCGCGUGCGGCGGCUCGGAGAUCGAGGUGGACUCGGCCCGGGGCGACGCCGUCUGCACGGGCUGCGGCUCGGUGCUGGAGGACAACAUCAUCGUCUCCGAGGUGCAGUUCGUGGAGAACAGCGGCGGAGGCUCCUCGGCGGUCGGGCAGUUCGUCUCCCUCGACGCGGCAGGUAAAACACAGACAGUUGGAGGAUUUCAUGUCAACUUGGGAAAGGAAUCGCGGGCACAGACUCUGCAGAAUGGAAAACGUCAGAUUCAUCACCUGGGAAACCAACUGCAGCUGAACCAGCAUUGCCUUGACACUGCCUUUAACUUUUUCAAGAUGGCGGUGAGCAAGCACUUAACCCGUGGGAGGAAGAUGACCCAUGUAAUUGCUGCUUGUCUCUACUUGGUGUGUAGGACAGAAGGAACUCCACACAUGCUGCUUGACCUCAGCGACCUCCUCCAGGUGAACGUUUACGUGCUGGGAAAAACUUUCCUUCUGUUGGCCAGAGAGCUCUGCAUAAAUGCUCCAGCUAUAGAUCCAUGUUUAUAUAUUCCUCGUUUUGCACACAUGCUGGAGUUUGGAGAUAAGAACCACGAGGUCUCCAUGACUGCUCUAAGGCUGCUGCAGCAGAUGAAGAGAGACUGGAUGCACACAGGGCGGAGGCCAUCGGGCCUUUGUGGAGCAGCCCUUCUAGUUGCAGCAAGAAUGCAUGACUUUCGGCGCACAGUGAAAGAAGUCAUCCGGGUGGUUAAAGUUGGUGAGUCUACGCUAAGGAAAAGACUUACAGAAUUCGAGGAUACACCUGCAAGUCAACUAACAAUAGAUGAGUUCAUGACGAUUGAUUUGGAAGAGGAAUGUGACCCUCCUUCAUUUACAGCUGGUCAACGAAAGCUAAAGAUUCAGCAGCUUGAGAAGGAACUGUCAAAGAAGCUUGAAGAAUUAGAAGGUGAAAUAUCAAGCUACCAAGAUGAAAUAGAGAUUGAAUUAGAAAAUAGCAGGCCAAAAGCAAAAGGAGUUUAUGCAAAUUAUAGCAAAGAUGAUUGCAUGGAUGAUAAUACCUCAAGUAUAUUUGGAGAGGAUGAUGGAGAAGAUGAAGAACUGGAAGCUGCUGCAAAUCAUUUAAACAAGGAUUUUUACAGUGAACUUCUCAACAAAGAGAGAUUAAAGGAAAAAGAAGCUCCUGUAAGGCCACCUGCCCUGGAGUCUUUGCUUGGCCCCCUCCCCACCGCUGCCAGUCUUGGGAUAACGGAGUCUAUAAAAGAGUGUAUAUUAACUAAGGAUCGGGACCACAAUGUUACAUUCAGUAAGCCAGGGCUGGCUACGCAUGAUUCAGUAACAGAUGAAAAUAAUGGAGAUGGUGAACUAGAUCUAAGUGGAAUUGACGACAGUGAAAUAGAUAUGUAUAUACUCAAUGAAACAGAAGCCAAAAUAAAAGCAGAUCUGUGGAUGAAGGAAAAUGCAGAUUAUCUGAAGGAACAAAUAGAAAAAGAAGCAAGGAUAGCAAAAGAGAAAGAACUUGGGAUUUAUAAAGAACACAAGCCCAAGAAGUCUGCAAAGAAGAGAGAGCUGAUCCAGGCCAGCACAGCAGGAGAGGCAAUUGAAAAGAUGUUGGAACAGAAGAAGAUCUCAAGUAAAAUUAAUUAUAAUGUGUUGAAGGACCUCAACAGCAAAGGAGGUAGCACGCCGAAGAAAGAGGAUGACAGCACCGAUGACAGCAGCAACACCAAGAAGCUGUCAAGAAGAAAAUCUCUUGCUGCUAGGAAUGUGGCCAGCUCUGUAAACAGAGUGGGAAAAAGGUUAAGGCCCUUGAUUUCAACACAGCUAGCAAAAAAGCCUGCAACAGAAGAGGCAGUCUUUCCAAGCACUCAGUCAGAAGCCCCAGAGGUUGAAAAGUCAGCAAAUGUGCUAGUAGAAACUGGGCCUGUAUCUUACAACCAUGAGGAGGAUGUUGUUGAAGAAGAAGAAGUAGAAGAGGAGGAGGAUCACUGCAUGAGCGCCCUUCAGUUGAUGGGAGGAAACGAUUAUGGCUGUGAUAUGGAUGAUGACGAUGGAUAUUAGUCUUCUUUGUCUCCAAAUCGACCAGUGGAAACAGCGAAAGGAGAGGCCUAGAGAUGUAAAUUGAGCCCUUCUGACUUCUAAAAGGAAGUUCUUUUAGUUUGUGACCUGUUCUGGUCAGUUUAGGUUGAUCAGUUAGCAUACUUGAAACUUUUUUGGAUCAUGUUCUAAGGAAGAGGAUUGACUGAAGCAACCGUUACAGAGAACGAAGAGGAACCAGAUCACUGGCACAAUGCAGCAUGUGUGGCUGGAUCUGUCUUGUGGCUGACCUUGAUUUAGCCAUGUUGCUAUAAAGCUGAGGAGCGAAGCAUGAAGUAUGCAAAACCUCCAUGUGAAAAAACUUUGGACUUGUGUCGUUUACAGGACGGUGGCGCGGGGGUAGGUGGGUGGGUGGGGAGGACACGUCCAUCUCUAGCAGAAGCCCAGCUCUGGCAGUCUCCAUGUUUCCAUGCUUAAAACCAUUGAAUUAAUAGCAUUGGAGGCAACAUGUAGAAAGCCGAGGCCUCCGUGAAAAACCAUUUCACACAUGUGCUUUUUCAUGUUGCAACCUUCUCCUAAGAUUAGUGGUCAUUAUUGGAAGGAAGGAAGAAAAAUAGUCUGAAGAUUUCCCUUUUUCUUUUUAAAGUUGCAUGCUGUAUUACAGCAGAGGCCUCAGGGGUGCCAGCACCACAUUUGGCAUCUUAUCCUCACCCACCCACCCCCAACCCCAAAGAAAGUUAAGCCAGACCUUCACUUUGCUCACUGUUGCUUUUAGAUAGAAAUAUGUGUGGAGGGUGGGGAGUUCAAGGGAAAUACUUAGCAUCCCUGUUGCAGAAUGUGGGUCAUUUUUGUGUGCCUGUCAUAGGCUUUCUUUCCCAAGCCAUAGUGCAGGAUGUCCUGGGGUUUUUUGGUAUAAGGAUGUUCCUGGUCACCUAGGCACAUUAGGCAGAUUUGUCUCCCAAAAUGUGUUCUGAUUCCCCCCCCACACACACACACCAUUAAGCAAAUAAGCUAUUUUUAAAAAUGCUUGGCUUUAACAUAUUUUAAUUUAAUAUUUAAUUAGAUUGGCACGGGUAGAUUUGGAGCUCAACCAUUGAAGAAGCUUAACCAAGCACUGCUGUUUCCAUUCUGUCCAAUAAACCCUACUCCAGACAUUCUGGAACCUACACAAUUAUGAUCCUAAGGCUAAAACAGACCAACAGCCUCCUAUCCCAAACUUGGCAGGACCAACCCUUCUCCAAGUCUAAAUCAGUAGGACUGUGGUCUCGGAUGUUAACUGUAUUUGUGUCUGACUCCUUUUAUUUCCUGUUUCCUCAUUUAUUUGCUGUUGGGGGCCAAAACACCAAUGUUCUUGCUUCUGUUCCUCAGUGAGUGAGAAGGGUUUCCAGCCUCAUGGCUUCAUAGUUGAUUCCUUGCACUAUCUCAGCCAGAAAAUCACCCAGUUCUUUGCAUUGGCAUUGUCCAUGUCAGAAGUCAAGUGACUACCUCGUCCUAUGUUGUUUGGUUUUACAAGAGUAAGGGCUGAGAAAUCCUUUUACUUCUGUCAGUUAAAGACUGAGAUGGAAAUGAAAAAGUUCAAGGCCUGGUUCUUACAGAGAUGGUAAACCUGUGUGUGGGCUGAACGCUUCUCAACAUAAACAGCUAGCAUGUCAGGCAGAAAACCACAUUUAUAUGUGGAACGACUGUUUUGCUUGGUGGAGAAUCAAUCCUGUGAGCCCCCACCAACAGUCUGAAAUGGUAUAUCCCAAACAUGAAUUUAUUAGCUCCAUGAGGACUAGGCCCAGGAGUCACUGAGAGAGCUUUGGAAUGCUUCCUUCCCAACAGUAAUCAUUAGAGAUGGGAGAUGGAAAGAAGGAAGUUACUCCAGCCCAGUGGGACGUCCUAUAGUCCAGGGCUGCACAACAUCAGUCCUCCUGAAGAUGUUGGACUACAGUUCCCAUAAUCCCUGACUAUUGGCCACUGUGGCUGGGGAUGAUGGGAGUUGUGGUCCAAAAACAGCUGGAGGGCCAAAGUUGUAUAGCCCUGGUCUUGUCGAUUUAAUCUCUGUCUGCCAUUUAUUUAUGUGCUGAAUUAUUUUGAACUUGUACAAUCAGAUCUCCUUUUUUACAAUUGCAUUGUGGCUACUUUUGCUUUAGCAGAGAAUGGUGGGGCAACAAAACAUUCAGUGUGAGAGAAACAAUAGGGGCAAAGCCAACUUUUUCAUGGACCAAGAUGUUGCCUUGAGUUGCCAGCAUCUCACUUUGGCAGGUGCUUCUGUAACUUUGGGCCAAUUCAUUUCCAGGUGAAGUCCUUGUGCAGUGACUAGAGCACCUCAGUUCACUCGAGGGACCAUCUCUCUCAACCUGCCACUCCUUGAAACCUUUUGAUAUUCCUUUAUUGGGGGAGAACAAAAAGACAACUCUUUGCAUCCGGGGUUUUGAAGGGGCUUUGCUGCUCAGAAAUCUAGUCCAAUGCCCAGUUCAGCAUCAUGGCAACAGCCCCCCCCCUCCCCAAAAAACCUUACUUCAAUAUAAAUGGAGCUCUGCAUUGGUAAUUGGCUUUCCUUGGGACUGUUUUAAUCAGAAAAAAGGCACAUGGAAGGGGGGAGGGUUAACAAAAUCCUCCCCAAGCAACCAGCAUGAUUCUAAUCCAAAUCCUCCUACCAUGUGGCUGUUUUUUAUUUAUUUAUUUAUUUAUUUAUUUUAUUCGAUUUCUGAUGGGGGCGGAUCUAAAAAGAUAGAAGAUCUGAUGACAGAUCCUCAUCUUCUCCCCUUUCUCUCUUGGAAAGAGCUGCUUUGCUGCCUAAUUUUGUUUUGGAUAUUGAGGCAACAAUUUCUCUCGCCUCCCUUUCAUUCAGCCACAAACCCCAAAUGCCAGGCUCGAGGGGAAAGGCUUGUACAUAUGAUUUUUAAAAGUUGCAGUUGUGUACUAGUCUCGUAAUGUGCAUUUUAUUUGAUUUUGCCCAUGGGCCGUGUUUUUAAUUGGCAAAAUUUUAAUAGAUUCUCAAAACUGUGGGGCUUUCUUCUGAAGUACAAGUUGGUUUACAUAUGAAGGAAAAACGCUUGCGUAACCUUGGCUCUGAAGGAGCUAUGGAGGUGAGUUCUUCAUUGCCCAGAAUCCUGCCUGAAUUUUAUUUUCUGUGAAAUGGUUUGAGAUUUUCUCCAUUCCCACCUCGGUAGUCUAAGUAGACUAAGAGCAGGAUCCAAAGGCUGUUGGUGGAAUGUGUGCAGGGAAUCCUUUGGGGUUCGAACCUCAAAUCUGCAGCCCGUGCACAAAGGCCCUUUAUCUGAAGGAGUUGGGAUGUUCCUAUGGCUUUCUCUCAAUCUGUCUCAAAAAAAAAAAAAAAAGCAACCCCAUCCCACCCUCCGCACUUAAAAUGUGAAUAAUACGUUGGAUAUCUAGAACCUCUGCUCCUGAAACUGAAUGUUGUGGCUGUCAAAGAAAUAGAGAAAAUGUUCAGUUGCGGGAGUUUUAUACACCAUCAUAAGAUUUUGUUAAAACUUGGUCAGAGAGUCUUGGCAUCCAUUUGGAAUUAGUUGUCUAACAAACGUCCACCACUUCAUGUGGCUCACAUCCAUCAAACUUUUAAGAGAGCUUUUUAAAAAAAUGCUUCGCUAAAAACAUGAUGGCAUUGAAGAACAUAAUCCACUGUUUGACCAGCCUGUUUCUCUGUACCAGUUUCACCAUACUUGAGCAGCAGAGGUGAUUGUGUGGUGGGGAAAACCCAAAAGCCUGAAUCUACUGUGGGGAUUUCUACUUCCCUAGUUAUAUCUUCUAAACCUGUUACUUGCAUUACUCUAGUGUCAUAGCAGACACAGCGGAGUUGCUCCUUUUCCCAUCACUAUGCCACAGAAGCCCACGCGUAGCAGGCGUUCACCACAUCAGUGUUCAAGCUCCAUGGGGAGCAGCUGCAGCAUGGCCCCACAUGGUCUGGUGCUUCUUAUGUUAACCGGCCAGUGGUGAGAGGCUUGGCCCUGUGGCAACUCCCACACUGCUGGAAUAUCCGGGAUCUUGGACCAAAGACCAGUUCUAAUUCCCAUGAGUCAGGGGUUCUCAAACCUGAGUCCACAGAUGAUGUUGGACUUCAGCUUCCUUGACAUAGACCAUAAUAAAGGUUUGAUUGGUUAAAAUUAAAAAAAUGAGAGCUGAAGUCCAGCAACAUCCGGGAACCCAAGUUUAUGGACCUCUGCCAUAAGUAAUAGUUGACAGGCCUGUCAAAGAGCCUUUCAGGAGGUAGCAGCCUCCAUGCGGUGCUGUGACCUGCUGCCACCAGCCAUGGGGUGAUCAGGGGAUUGAUGUGAGGCUACAGGAAGGUGUUGUUCCAAUCCACCUUGAGUUCCUAAGAUUUCUCAAACCUGUCUCCCAUGUAUCUAAUUUAUUUAAUGCUACAUGGAGAUUACUUUUCCCUUUUUCUUUUUAAUGUUCCUUCCCUCUUGGUGUAACUAAGCUCAGGAAAUGCAAACAGAUUAGCUGAUGCGCCUUUCUGUUUUCAUAACUACUUAGGACAUUUUUGAAAAGGCAAGUGCAGUGUUAACUCUUGUCUGCCACUGUUAGCACACCACUGUGACCUUGGAGGAGACAUUUUGCUGGAGUCCCAGGAAGUAAUGUGAGCCUUGCCAUAUUCCAGAUUCAAAUGAUCAGAGAUUGUAGGGUUUCAAGGAGAGUUGCCUUUAGGUUGGGAGGUGUGUAUCUUAGCUUUUUCUGCAUAGGAUGUAUUCUCAAGACAGCUACAUUAGGCAAAAUCUUUGAGCCAUUGUGCUAUGCUUUUCUACCUUGAUGCUUUAAAAAACUCUGUCACUUGGUCCUGGUUCAUACAAUUGUCAGGGCAGUAGCAGAGGAAUUGCCUGCCUGCCCGCCAUGCAGACAGCAUAUAGUGCAUGAGUAGGCAACCUUGGCUCUCCAGCUGUCACUGAACUACAACUCCCAUCAUUCCCAGCCAUUGUGGAUGGGAGUUGUAGUUCAGCAGCAGCUGGAGAGCCAAGAUUGCCUAUACCUGAUCUAGUGUAAACCAGGCGCUCCAUACUGACCCCUGAUUGUCUGGGGAGGUGGAGAAUUCCUUGAACACAGACUUCCAUAUGAUCAAACAUUUGUGCAGAGUGCCCAAUUAACACUAGGGUGUCACUUUGCAUGGUGAAGGAGGUGGGUGAGCUCACUCUACCAGCCACACAAGUGAUGACACUGCCCCACUAAGCAUAUGAACUGGACCAUGGGGAAACACUGAGGGUGACAGAAGAUGUCCAUUACUGGAGUCUCCUGUUUAGCAUUGUCUUUCAAAUGCCUUCCAUGUUAGUUCUUACUCUGCUAUCUGCAUUCUCUUGGAAUUGUUCGUGUUUUCUUCAUCUUCAUAUUGGGCCAGUUCAGACAAUACCUUAACUGGCCCAUGUGAAUAGAAGGGCUGCACUGAGGGUGCACCUCUUAGGAUGUCUUCUGCAACUGUCCAGUGCUCUCCUGGCACAUCCCUUCAUUGUGUGUGGGGGGGUGAGCUGUCCAGUGGCCAUUAGGCUGAACAGCCCAUCUCCACACGGUGAAGGGAUAUGCCGGGGGAGGCCGUGGACACCUGUGGAAGACCAUUCCAAUGGGUGCACCCUCAGCGCAGCGCCUUUCUAAUCACAUGGUAAGAUAUCCUCUGAACUGGCCGACUGUUUAUGUUCAACUGAUCACACAGCAACUGAACAGCUUUUUGCUGGUGUCACAUUUGAUUCAAGUGAAUACCCACAAAUUAAAAAAAUGUAAGCUUAUUGGAGGGCCAUUUCAGAACUUGCCAUGAGCCACGUUGAGGUUUUUUUUCUUUUUCAAACAAGUGUAAUAUAUCUGCUGUAAAUAUAGUUUUUUUAAGUCACCUUUUAUUAUGCAUUCUUGCAAAUAUUGGCCUUUAGUUUCUUGGUCUUUUUUUUUAAUGACGUGUUCGACUUCAGUGUGAUUUGAAUAGCAGUGUAUAAAAUCUCCUGUUUAUACUCUUAUUUUCUCUCUAUAAAGCAAGGCAUUUCUAAUCACUGAA